AUGUAUCGUGACCCUAGAGAUACCACUGAUGGCCGCCAGGCGCGGCCUCCCCUCCCGGUCUUGUCGACCAGACAUCUACCUCAGCGACCUCCUACAGAGGAUGACGAAGAUACGUACUUGUCCACCCCGUCCGACAACUAUGAGCGCCCAAGCUCAUCCUCAAGCGCUUUGAGAGGUCGCUUCGACAGUUUUGGUUUCUCUGCUCGUCGCCGAUCGAACACUAGCAGUCAGCUCGAGGUGCCGCUGCCUCCCCCGCCUCCUUUCUCCAGUUCCUCUCGACCAAUCGCUUCCCGCCCUCAUCAUCCUCGACAUCAUCCCGACGAUCGCUUUGACGAUGUUCGAAGGCCGCACUCGAGCUCUGGUAUCGCUGUGGAGUCACGCUUGCCUCCAGUACCACAAGACUGGGGUGUCACCUACAACCAGCCCACCGCUCGUGUCACUAGUAGCAGCUAUGCGAAGUCAUCGUAUCCACCGGCAACAGGAAGUGUGCCCGCAAUCCCUCCAAAUGCCAGAUCGAAUCUGGGAGGGUCCCCUUCGCAUGCGUUUGCCUUUGCUAUAGGUGGAUCAUCAUCCACGGCCCCUGGGUCUUCGUCUCUGGCGUUCACACAAAGCGCUGGUGCGACUCCAAUCGAUGCCAGGCCCAGCUCCUCUGGUCGACGGCCGUUUGAUGUUCCUGGCCCGCGACAACCCUUUGACACCUUGCCCUUCGGUCAGUCAAACGCACAUCAGCAGGUAGUGAGCGCUCGAGCAGUCGAUCGACCUGUGAUCAGACGACGAUCUAACACUACCCAGGUAGAAGGAAUCGGACCUUGGUAUGGCCCCUCUGGAACCGUCCAUGAUGCUUCCCAUCACGGUAUACCGCCCGCUCCAGAGGCGGCGCCACCAAGUCUGACUAGCUUGCCGCUGAUGGAUCCGGAUCUAGAGCCUAGGUGAGCAUCUUCUUGAACAACCUCUUGAGCUUGCCAUGUCCAGUGCUGACCACAUGUCGCUGGCCUUCGGCUCGAGAUAGGUCUUACCAUCUGCACAUACGACAGCAGCCUACACAUGGUCGCAUGUUCGGCUUUCGCUCGCGAGAGCGCAGGCCACUCGACCCCCUACCGAUCAUCGAGCUUACCAUUCGAGAUCGUAAUGGAGAGAUCGACUGGUUGUGCGUGCUGCUGCUCAUAGCCCAAUGUGUGCUCAUCAUUGCCCUCGCACUGCGCUGACUCGUGCACCUGUUCAUCCUCUAGUGCACAAACCAGUCCUGACUUGUUGAUGCAGGUCAGCCUCAUCACCGAUGUAGCUCACGAGGACGAGUUGGUGUCUUCCAGCGCCAAUCCGAGUGCCACUAUGCCUCAGAGUCGCCUUUUGGAAGGAAAGCUUGCCUCCAGCGGACAUAUCGUCAAGGAUCUCGAUGGCGAAAGAGCAUGCUUCUUCCUCUUUCCGGAUCUCAGCGUCCGCGUCGAAUCCAUGGCUUCACUGCACUUCUCGUUGCUCCGACUUGGCGGUCCAACGUGAGUGAAGCCAAGGAUUGCGACGCUUUUGUGCUUUGACAGCGAGCUGAAACCGUUGCGCGCUGUUUCACAGGUGGGAGUCUGGUGGCUCAGGACCUGCAGGUCGUGUAGUCGCAGAAGUGACCUCGGAUCCCUUCCAAAUUCAUAGCCCCAGAACAUAUCCGGGCAUCGGCGGUGAGUCACCUUCAGUCUGGCUCCGUACAUCCGACAGUCUUUCUAAUCUUCAUGUCCUCCGGCCCUCCAGAGUCCACCGAGCUGGCAAAGUGUCUGGCAGCCCAAGGUGUGGCUGUUCCAAUCAGGAAUCAGGGUCGCAAAUGA